AUGCUUACGUUAGUCGACUCAACAAGAGCUAUUGGGUUACUCCCUGCUAUAAGUCGACUCCCUGAUUCGAGCCGUAUGAAGGGAAUCAAUGCUCCGGACCGAAGGUUCCUCCGACACCUGGUCUUCUCCGACGCAUAUCAGCUUAGCUGCACUCAACAAGCCCUGGGUUGGUUUGCCUUCCUUUCUCAGGUGAAGAAGCAGCAGCGGCACGACACAAACUAUCUACCAACUAAGGUUGCCGGACAUGAAAGGAGACCCGGCCCCUUCUGAUUCUCGGUUCGAGCGGGCCCCGCUCUGUUUUAGGCUUGUACUGGGCCGGAGCGAGGCGUCUGGUACUCCCCUGUCAAGUGACAGGCGGAAGCUGCGGGUUCGAGCCCCGUCAGUCCCGAACUAA